AUGUUGAAAGAGACCUUAAUCAAUCCUGACAAUCCGAAAGUGGACGUUUCAGUGAGAACCAUGCAUCGUUCGAUUCAAGACUUCGAGCCUGCACCUACAGCUGAUAUCCGCAAGAUACUCUCAUACAUUGGGGCGGCUUAUUUUCUUAUCAUGACGGCUCUUGUGAUACCAGUCGCUUGCUUCUUCACCGUUCUUCUAAUAUCGCCAUUGAUUUACUUCAGACUCCCACUCUUCAAUCUCAUUGAGCAUUACUUAUGUGGAAUGGUGAAUGCGCAUUGGAGCGCUUGCUCCGUGUUCUGCGGAGCACAGGUCACCGAAUUUGGAGCUGACGUAUCGAAAGUUGGAGAGGAGAAAUGCCUUCUACUUGCCAAUCAUUUGGGUCUUCUUGACCACUUCAUUCUCAUGCAGAGCUUGGAUCAGAAAGGCUCGAUUCGGUCAAGAUGGAUGUGGGUUAUUUACAAUAUCUGGAAGUACACACCCAUCGGCGUGAUGUGGACCACUCACGGCAACUUCUUUGUGAAUGGAGGAGCCAGCAAACGUCAUACUGUUCUUCAAUCUUUCCGCCAACAUCUCAAAGAUCGUUUCCACAAAUUUGAUUAUGGAUGGGUUAUAAUGUACCCAGAAGGUUCGCGUCUAUUUUUGGUCAAGGAUAGCGGACGCAAAUUUGCCGAGAAGAAUAAUUUAGUCCCGUUGGAAAAUUGUGUAUAUCCAAGAACUGGCGCAGCACAUGCGGUUUUGGACGUUCUCGGACCACAGAAUGAAAACUACAUGCUCGCCAAUUGUGGAUCGGGAACUCCAAUUCGCUACAUUAUUGAUGCCACCAUUGGAUACAGCAAGGGAAUUGUUCCUGAUAUGGGUGGAGCCAUGAUUGGUGAGUGGCCUACAGAGGAUUCUUCCAACUUCGCUGUUCACUAUGAAAUCAUCCCGGUGAAACCAGAAUGGUCCGAUGAGAAGGAGUUGCAGAAGUUCCUGUAUGAACGCUACCAGCUAAAAGAUACACUUCUUGACAAUUUCUAUAAAACUGGAGUUUUUCCGGGAGAGCAGAGAAAAGUGACGCCAAAUUUCAGUGAAGCAUGCUUCUCCCAAGUGUUCUGGAUUGUUCUUUACUAUUUCCACUACACCAUCUGGCUUCUUCCACUAAUCAAAUUUUUGUGCAAUUCGAUUUGGCAGCUUAUAUUUUAA